UCUGGCAAGCCAUGGGGCGGGUAUCCAUCGAACGAUAAACUUCACCCCCAAAACCACCACGUGCACAUUAUGGGUCACAUCUGGUCAGCGUACAUUCGCGAGACUUAUCCCCCGUCAACAAAGUUUCACGCAUCUGAUGUCCCAGACAUGUCCGGAAAGGUUGUUCUCGUCACCGGUGCUAAUUCAGGGAUAGGCAAAGAGACCGCCAGAGUCCUCCUCACAAAAAAUGCCAAGGUUUACGUUGCAUGUCGCGACAAGGCCAAGGGUGAAAACGCUAUUCGCGACCUAAAAGAGAGCACCGGACAAGAAGCGUGUUUCUUGCAACUCAACUUGGCAAACUUGAAGUCCAUCAAGGCUUCUGGAGAAGAGUUUCUGCAGAGAGAACCCGUACUGCAUGUCCUAUUCAACAACGCGCGAGUGUUGCCCUGGCUUGUCGUCUCAUCGUCCACUCACAUGUCGCUCACUGGGGUAAUGGCUCCUCCUAUAGAGAUGUUGACGGACGACGGUUAUGACCUGCAAUUUGGUACAAAUGUCCUUAGUCACUUCUACUUCACGAAAAUUGUUAUGCCUGCACUUCUAGCGGGUACCACGCAGUCACCUGAUGGAACUGCACGCAUCGUGAACACAGCUUCUAACGCCCACUGGUUCGGUAGUCUAGACUAUAACACGUUCAAGGACUCUCCCGCCAGGAAACAGAAGAGCGUCAAGAAUCUUUAUGGCCAAAGCAAAAUGGGCAACAUUUUAUUUGCAGCUGAGGUAGCUAAACGAUAUGGCAACCGAGGUAUAGUCUCAACAGCACUCAACCCCGGUGGUAUCAAGACGGAGCUUGGCCGUUAUCAUGGCUCCUUUUCCAAAAUGAUAUCCAGUAUGAUCUUCCAUGAUUUAUAUGCUGGAACCACUGCAGAAGGAGCGAAUCUUAACGGAAAGUAUCUUGUUCCAUGGGCGCGCAUUGGGAACACACACGCAGACGCGCAGGACCCGCAGCAGGCUUCAGAGCUGUGGAAUUGGCUUGAGGACCAAGUCAAGGACCUUUAA